CAGCCUUAGGAUCCACGGUGGAUCCCAUACCAGAACUUCAUCGACCAUAUCCAUCGACCCAUGUACAGUCUAGUCAGCAAAGCGAGACCAUCUAAUCCGUGUCCACUGUACAAGAAACUGAAGAACGGUUCUCCAUUGGUCGACCAGAGGAAAGUGAGUAAUUUACAUGGUGCUGGAAGUGGAAAGGACGAGUAGGAGGAGGUAGGGGAGCGAAAGUGAACACAACUCCAAGAAUGGGCUGGAAGAGACGGGCUCCUCGAGCCAGCGGCUGAUACUUUUGACGUAGGAGCAUUGCUAUCGACGUUUGCCGUCGAUCCGUCGAUACUUGGUACCUUUUAUUCUCGUCUGGUUGCUCGAAAUUACCAUCGUGCGUGCGUGGAAAAUGAAAGCGAGGCAGGACGCCUGGAGAGGCUACCUGGCACUGUGAGACCAGUUUCAAACGUAUCGUGUGCAAGGUUAUGGGAGUGUGCCAGUGAUUCUCACUGACAUGCAUGCAACAAUUUCGUUCAUCAAUCAUCCUAAAACAUUCUUCACCUGAGCGUCCUUCUACUCGCUGAUCCUCAACAUGACGCGGAAAUUGAGCAAAUUCCUGAUACUCUUCGACAACACAAAUCUUCUGUACUUCCCUGGACACUUUUUGUCCGGUCGGGUACUCAUCGAACUGGACGACGAGGCUUAUGUUUCAGGGCUGCAUUUCCACGUGAUCGGCGAAGGAGUGGUUCGCGUACGGAGCCAACGUGCCGAGAGGGUUUACGAUAAAGAAAACUACAUUGAUUUUCGUAUGAGAUUAUUGGGCGAGCCAGGAGAGGGACCAUCGCUGCUGUCGCCGGGGAUCCAUAGCUUUCCAUUCAAAUUAGGCUUGCCUUUGGGUCUGCCGUCCACUUUCUUGGGUAAACAUGGAUGGGUACAGUAUUACUGCAAGGCCGCUCUCCGGGAACCGGGUGGUCUCACUCACAAGAACCAACAAGUCUUCAUUGUGAUGAAUCCCAUUGAUUUGAAUUUAGAGCAACCAAUUUUGGCGCAACCAGCUAGACAGGAAAUAGAACAGCGUGUCGGGGUAUCCUGUGUCUCCGGAGGGCCAGUAUUUUGCAGAGUGAGCCUCGACAGAGGCGGAUAUGUACCUGGUGAAACUAUCGGUAUUUCAGCGACAGUCAGCAAUCGAAGCAAGGUGACGAUGAAGUCGACUAAAGCGUCCUUGACGGAAACCAUUCAGUACCGGUGUCGGGGUAAAGUGCUGGCAAGUGAGACAAGAGAGUUGGCAAGUGUAUCCCGAGGGAAGAUCCGUCCUGGUGAAGGAGAAGAGUGGUUGAACGAGCAAAUGUACGUCCCUCCUUUGCCUCCCACUAAUCUGCGUGGCUGCAAUCUUAUCAACGUUCUUUAUCACGUCUACUUCGUGAUAAGUCCGAAGAGCUUGGAUAAAGAGAUCAAGUUACAAAUACCAAUCGUCCUGGCGACGUAUCCUUUGAGGCAGGAGGGUGCUCCAGCAGGGACUGCACCGUCGAAAAGGGGGGCACAUUACCCGUCAACCCUGCCAAUAUUUAGACCAUGGUUGGACGACAAGGCUUUCGAGAUACAAGAAUGAACGUUUAAUUAAGUUCGACAGAAACGGUUUUAAUAUACAAAUUUUAAGGAACAUCUGUGGACUUUUGACAGAGAUAAUACGCUUAUAACAAUGCUUGUUCUUUAAAACGAAAGUGGGACUAAAAAUACUUAUCACAUUCACAUUCCAUUUUUUUACUAAAUUUAGAGACUAGGUAGGAAAUAUGAGAAUGUAGGUAUUAAAAAAAUACAAAUGUAGAAGUAAUUUUGUUAAUACUUUGUAAAUGUUACGUUACGAAUGAAAUAUAUUGUAAAAAGUAUUUUUUGAGUAUCUUUAAGUAUAGAUUAGUAAACGGAGUUAUAUCACUUGAACCUGAAAAAUCAAUGAUAUUCUUAAGAAUUUUUUAUUCAGAAAAUUACGAAGUAAAUAGAAAAACUGUUCACCAAAAUGGCGAAUUUUUGACGUUCCCCGUAACCACUGUGAGGCACCUGUAGCUCCGUCAUUUUGCAAAAAAAAGGAAAUACUAAAAUACUAUCGUGUAUAUCGAGACAUGUAUAAUAAAAUGUACAUAUCAGACUUUUUUAUUGACUUCAUGAU